AUGAUUACCAAUCCCUCUUCGUCAUCCUCUUUGCAUUCAUCAUCGGAGACAGGUGAGAGCGAACCAUCAUCUUCGACACUAACAAGAAAACACAUCAUGCAUCAUCAUCGUGAAGUUGAAGAAUCUACUAGUACCAAUUUAGACUUGUUGGAUAUUGAAGUGGUUGAUGAUGAAACUGGAAAAGUUUUGGAAAAAGAAGAAGAAUCCGUUGCCGAAUUAAUUCAUGACGACAAUGAACCGCAAGCUAAUGGUGAAAACGAAGAAAAGAUUGAUGGAGAUUUGAUAGUAGGUGCUGUUGAUGACGAAGAAGAAGAAUCUUCUGCUCCGAAGGCUAUUAAAGAGAAUUUCGAUAAGCUGAAUGAGUUACUCCAAAAGACUGAAACCUAUUCUCGUUUUAUUCACGAACAUGUGGUAGGUGUAUUGCCCAAUGAAGAAGAAGCAAGUGAAGACGAAGAAGAAGCAGAUGGUGAACCCACCAUCGACUCGGACGAAAAUGGAAAGAGAAAACGACGUGGAAGAAAAUCAACCACCACUGAUGAAUCAGCUCAAAAAAAAUUGAAAAGCGUAUUUAGCAAAUCGAAAUCCCUCCAAACAGCCAAUCAAACUAUUCUCAAGUAUGAACAACCCAAGUAUUUAACUGGAACCACUCUUAGAGACUAUCAAUUGAUGGGUGUAAAUUGGCUUAUUAGUUUGUAUGAAAAUGGUGUGAAUGGAAUAUUAGCAGAUGAAAUGGGUUUAGGAAAGACCAUUCAAACGAUUGGAUUGUUUUGUCAUCUCUAUGAAAAGGGUGUUAAAGGUCCAUUUCUAGUGGUUGCACCUCUCUCCACGGUAUCGAAUUGGGUGAAUGAAAUUGAUAAAUGGGCACCUGAUCUUGGUUGUGUUCUUUAUCAUGGAAAUAAGGAUGAUCGUGCCAUGAUUCGAUCUAAAAGUUUUAAAAAAGUGAAAAAGGGUCAAAUUUCUGUUGUGGUUUCAAGUUAUGAAAUUGUCAUGCGUGAUAAGAAAUUUCUCGCUAACAAAUUCAAUUGGAAAUAUAUUGUAGUCGAUGAAGCACACCGUUUGAAAAACUUUAAUUGUCGAUUAACCAGAGAGUUAAAACAAUACAAUAGUGAGAAUCGUUUACUUUUGACAGGUACUCCUCUCCAAAACAAUCUCUCAGAGUUGUGGUCCUUGUUAAACUUUUUAUUACCUUCCAUUUUUGAUGAUCUUUCAGCAUUUAACAAGUGGUUUGAUUUUACCAAGAAUCAAGGUAAUACUAAGAAUGAAUAUAUUGCAAAUGAAAAGACUCAACUCAUCUCUAAACUUCAUAAUAUUUUACGUCCAUUCCUAUUGAGAAGAUUGAAGAGUGAUGUUGAUAUUGGAAUUCCAAAGAAGAGAGAAUUUCUCGUUUAUGCGCGUAUGACUUCAAUGCAACGCGAGUAUUAUGAAGCGGUCAAGAAGAAGGAUUUGGCGCCAAUUUUUCAAGACGAACAGACCAGGAAGGCUUCAACGAGUAAUUUAUUGAAUAUUCUCAUGCAAUUGAGAAAGAUUUGUAAUCAUCCAUUUCUAAUUAGAGAAUUUGAAUCACGCUCCAAUGAAUCUGAACGUGCAUCCAAUACGAGAUUCCUCAAAGAAAGUGUUCAAAAUUGUGGUAAAUUUUCUCUCUUGGUGAGAAUGUUAGAAAAUUUAAAGAAAAAUGGACACAAAGUACUUGUCUUUUCAUUAAUGACUCGAUUUCUCGAUGUACUUGAAGAUUACAUUGAAUGUAGAGGAGAUAUGAAAUAUUGUAGAAUUGAUGGAUCUAUUGCACAGACUGAACGUGAACAAAAGAUUAAGGAAUUUAAUGAAAAUGAUGAUGUGUUUAUGUUUUUAUUAUCCACAAGAGCUGGAGGGUUGGGUAUUAAUUUGACUGCUGCUGAUACAGUCAUUAUUUAUGACAGCGAUUGGAAUCCUCAAAUAGAUUUACAAGCUCAAGAUCGUUGUCAUAGAAUUGGACAAACAAGAAAUGUGAGAAUAUUCAGAUUACUUACUUUGGAUACUGUAGAGAAGAAAGUAUUGCAAACUGCAACUAAAAAACUUAAAUUAGAGAGAUUGAUUAUUCAUAAGGGUAAUUUUAAAGGAAAUCAACACCACCAACAGAACAAAAUAACCAUUACCGCUCAGAAUUUAUUGGAGAUUUUAUCGGAUGGUGACCAGAAUAAGGAAACCAAGAGCGGCUCGAGUCGUGACGAUGAAGAAAUUGACGAUGAAACUUUGGAUCGUCUCAUCAAUGAAAGAGAUGACACUUCUACAUUACCUGCCUCAGGAGUUGGAUAUGAAGAAGCUCAUUUGUUUGAAGAACAAUAUCAUUAA